AGCUCCGCCUACACCCCACCCUGUCCAAACUCCUACCUGGAUGAAACCUUGACUAUCAGCUACCUGUCAGUGAAACCCAUAACAGCACCCACAAGCAGCACUCCCUGGAAUCACAGACACGGGCCUGCCAAUCUACCAUGAAGCUGAACCUACUCUGUGAGAAGCUAACUCUCAUGGUCUGUGGGCUCUUAUUUCUCCUCAUCCAGAUAGAGGGCCAAGACUCAUCCAGACCCAUCAGGACAACACACACAGGUCAGGUACAAGGCAGCCUCGUCCAUGUGAAGGGAACCGAUGUAGGGGUCCACACCUUUCUGGGAAUUCCCUUUGCCAAGCCACCUCUUGGAUCGCUGCGGUUUGCACCCCCAGAGCCUCCUGAACCAUGGAAUGAUGUAAGGGAUGGGACUUCUCACCCAGCCAUGUGUCUUCAGAAAGCAGACACAAUGAACGAGCUGGUCAUGUCCCUGUUGAAUCUGACCCCACCUACAGUCUCCAUGUCUGAAGACUGCCUUUACCUCAGCAUCUACUCACCUGCCCAUGCUCAUGAGGGUUCUAACCUGCCUGUGAUGGUGUGGAUCCAUGGUGGUGCUCUGGUUGUAGGCAUGGCUUCUUUGUAUGAUGGAUCCAUGCUAGCAGCCACUGAGAAUGUGGUAGUUGUCACUAUUCAGUAUCGCCUGGGGGUCCUGGGCUUCUUCAGCACUGGAGACCAGCAUGCCAGAGGCAACUGGGGCUUCUUAGACCAAGUGGCCGCCCUACGCUGGGUCCAGCAGAACAUCGCCCACUUUGGAGGCAACCCUGACCAGGUCACCAUUUUUGGCGAGUCAGCAGGUGGCGCAAGUGUGUCUUCACAUGUUGUGUCACCCAUGUCCCAAGGACUCUUCCAUGGAGCCAUCAUGGAGAGUGGGGUGGCCCUGCUGCCUGACCUUAUCUCUAACACCUCUGAGGUGAUCUAUACAAUGGUGGCCAACCUGUCUAGAUGUGAGCAGGUAGACUCAGAGUCCCUGGUGAACUGCCUCCGGGGCAAGAGUGAAGAGGAAAUACUUGCUAUCAACAAGGCCUUCAGGAUUAUGCAUGGUGUUGUGGAUGGAGCCUUUCUGCCCAGACACCCACAGGAGUUACUGGCCUCUGUUGAUUUUCAACCUGUCACCAGCAUCAUUGGUGUCAACAAUGACGAGUUUGGCUGGCUUCUGUCCACGGGAAUGAACAUCUCUGACACCAUGAAGGACAGAAAGACCUUUCAGGAUCACCUUCGGAAUUUAUCAGCACAGUUGAUGUUGCCUCCAGAGUUUGGGGACCUCUUGAUGGAGGAAUACAUGAGGGACACAAAGGAUCCCCAGACCUUCCAAGCUCAAUUCCUUGAGAUAAUGGCAGACAUCAUCUUCGUCAUACCUGCACUACAAACUGCACACUUUCAAAGUUCCCAUGCUCCUGUCUAUUUUUAUGAGUUCCAGCAUCGGCCCAGCUUCUUCAAGAAUGUCAAGCCACCCCAUGUGAAAGCUGACCAUGGCGAUGAGAUUCCUUUUGUCUUUGGAUCUUUCUGUGGCAACAUGAUUGACCUCACUGAGGAAGAGCAGACGCUGAACAAAAUGAUAAUGAAGUACUGGGCCAACUUUGCCCGAAAUGGGAACCCCAAUGGUGAUGGCCUAUUGGAUUGGCCGGUGUUUGACCAAGAAGAGCAGUACCUGCAGCUGGACAUCCAGCCUGCCAAGGACCAUGCCCUGAAGGACAACAGAUUCCAGUUCUGGACCAAGAUCCUGCCCCAGAAGAUCCAGGAGCUUAAGGGUGUUAAAAACAAGCACACAGAGCUGUAAUGCCCUGUAUUGGGGACAGAACUGUCCUGAGUGCAAGUCAGACCAUCCCUGCAUGCUUACAUACCCCUUGAAGACAUGGGAUUUAGUCCAACUCUCAUAGCCACUCAUCUACUUUCAUUCAUCCAUUCAGACACCAUUUAUAAAGAAGCCAAGGCAUGAUGAUGUUCAUUGCCAAGCCUACCAGAAGUCUAGUUUUAUUAUACAUACAGUAAGUCCCUCAGGAAGGUGUAGAUGACUGAGCCACAGUGAUCACUACCUUCCUGUACCCUUCAUAGGACCACAGAGCAUAAGUCUCUUCCUUCUUCACUUCCUUAUGUCAUCUCUGUCCAUCUUAUCUUCUUUCUCCUCUAACUUCCCAGCCCCUCUCCCACAUUCAUUGUUAUGUUCAUUGAGAAGAAUUGAGUAACUGAGCCACAUUUCUGCUUCUGAACAAGUAAUCUUAUAUUCGAUAAAUAGAAGCCAGUAUAGAUGUUGGGCUCUAGAAUCCCCAGGGUCUUGGUUCAAUAAAGUGACUAUAACAAAAAGUA